GAACAUUCGAAAAGGGAUGGUACUUGAAGGGAUAUUCGCUGUUGCCAAACCGGCACAUGUCUCGUCUGCAGAAGUGCUAGAGAAGCUCCAAGCGAUCUUCGCGUCAUCUCAAACCUUCGCACCGCUUCUGCGCCAUCAACCUCAAAGAACCAGCAAGAGCGAUGACCAGGUGUUCAAGAUGGGUCACGGCGGCACGCUGGACCCACUAGCUGCAGGCGUAAUCAUUGUCGGCAUUGGUCGAGGCACGAAGCAGCUGCAAAAGUACCUUGCCUGCACCAAGUCCUAUGAUACGACUGUCCUUUUUGGUGCGAGUACGGACUCGUAUGAUUGUACGGGAGUUGUUGCUGAGCGAGUACAUUGUGAGCAUAUUACUAAGACGUUGGUGGAAGCGAAACUCGCGCAAUUCAGAGGGGACAUCUUGCAGGCCCCACCGAUAUAUUCGGCUCUGAAGAUCAAUGGCAAGAAGGCGUGUGAGUAUGCGCGCAAGGGUCAAGAGCUUCCAAGGCAGCUCGAAAGCAGAGAGAUGCACGUCGAUGAUUGUACACUGCUGGAGUGGUACGAGCCCGGCCAACAUGGGUUCAGUUAUCCCGGAAACAAGGAGCCAGCUGCCGCACCGGCAGCACGUAUACGCCUUACUGUGUGUUCCGGCUUCUAUGUCCGAAGCUUUGCGCACGAUCUUGGCAUUGCCUGCCAGUCGAGAUCUCAUAUGGCGACAUUGUUACGAACGCGGCAAGCCACGUACACGACCUCUGAUCCACCAGAGUCGCCCGAUUUGAUGCCAGCAAUUACAUUUGCGGACCUCGACUCUGGAGAAGAGAUAUGGGGCCCAAAGAUACGGCCGCAGCUGGAGUCUUGGGUAGCUGCAAACCCUGUGGCUACAGGGCACGUCAAUGGUCGGAGUGAAGAGACAAGGCAGAGAAAGGCUGCAGAACAAGGCGAAAGACCGAAGCAAAGAUUCCGAGGAGGUUUUGUCGCUGACACCAAGCAAGAGAGGAUAAAGCAGCAAGGUGGCAAGUACAAGGGCAAAUGGAGCCGGAAGGCCGCUACUGGCGGGCCUUUCCAAGAACCAGCAACAAAGCCGGUCGAAGACACAGCGGCGUAAUUGCAGCAAGUUUAUUCCUCAUGUCAAAAUCGCACCUGGAUGAACACUCUUGCUCAGGGUGUGUACAGCCAUGGUUUCUCGCCACCCUCCUCUUUCCACUUCCUUAACGCCCUCCGGUUGUACAAUACAUACGCCAAUUCUUGUACGAUGACGAAGAAUAUACCGACUGCAACCAUGAUGAUCUGUAUUCUCAAUUCUUUGCUGUCAAACGGCAGAUC